AAAUUUCACAAGAGGAAUAGUCCGUUCUUGUUGCAGACUUGUUCUCCAUUGGCAUGUUUUCUUUGCCGUUGGCCUCCAACUCAGCCGUAAAGUUGAAGUCUUGAAGCGAAAACAGAGGUGGAGGAGAGGAUGCAAAGCUUCCAAAUCGACACUGAGACUGAGGUUAAGGAGCGAAAGGAAUCCUCAUCUGCUUCCGCCGCUGCAGCUCCGGGAUGCUGCCGCAACCAUGGCGCCCCCGCCUUCAGUCCUGCUACCACCUUCUCUCUUUCAAUGCCGCUACCAGUACAGCUGCUGCCGCUGUUGCAGAUACUUCUUCUUCUUCUUCAACAGGGUUCUUCACUCUUCUCCGCGCCGCCAUUUCCAGAGGCGACUUGCUCCUCACCAGGUGCGUCCAUGCCCUCAUCAUGACCUCCGGCUGCAUCCCCGCUGCCGGAGAUGGCCGCUGUUGUUUCCUCACUAACAACCUCAUCACCGCAUAUUCCAAGUGUGGCUGCCUCUCCUCGGCCCGCCACCUGUUCGACAAAUGUCCCCAGAGGGACCUCGUCUCCUGGAACUCAAUUCUCGCCGCCUAUGCGCUGUCUGCUGGUGCCAAUGCUGAUAUUGAUGCUGGUCAUUACCACCAGCAAGAAGGCUUCCGCCUUUUCCGUCUUCUUCUUCGGGUAGAUCCUUCCCUUCCGGUUACUAAGCACACUCUAGCUCCCCUUUUGAAGUUGUGUCUCGUCACGGGCUCCCUGCCCACUGCGGAAGCCCUUCAAGGAUAUGCACUGAAAACUGGGUUGGAUGGAGAUGUGUUUAUUUCCGGGGCACUCGUUAACAUUUAUUCCAAGUUCGGCCGAAUAUGGAAUGCCCGAGCUUUGUUUGAUUGCAUUCCAGAAGUUGAAAAGGACGCCGUGUUAUGGAAUGUAAUGCUUAAGGCAUUUGUGCACCCGGGUCUCAAGCAUGAAGCUUUUCUUCUUUUCUCCGAAUUUCACCGGAGUGGGUUGCUUCCGGAUGACCUGGCCGUUCGAUGUGUCCUUGAGGGCCUGUUUUCCGGAACCAUUACUGAUGAAGACGACCACUUGUUUCUGGAGCAAGUUCAAGCUUAUGCAUCUAAACUGUUUCUGCGCAAUGAAGAUUCAGAAAUACUAUCAUGGAAUAAAAACAUGACCCGGUAUCACCAAGCCGGCAAUAAUUGUGCGGCUCUUGAAUUCUUCAUAGACAUGAAGAGGUUGGGAGUGGGCUAUGAUUCUGUAACACUUGUAGUUGCUCUUGCUUCUGUAACAGGGAUUAAUGAUUUGGAGUUGGGUCGGCAAAUUCAUGCUGUGGGAGUGAGAUCGGGUUUAGACCUAGAUGUUUCAGUUGCCAAUAGUCUUAUUAACAUGUAUUCAAAGACUGGAUGCCUAAACUCUGCACGUAAUAUAUUUUCUGGCAUUGGGGAAUUGGAUUUAGUUUCAUGGAACUCAAUAAUAAUGGGCUGUGCACAAAGUGGUUUACAGGAGGAAUGUACGAUGCUAUAUCUAGAUCUAUUGCAUAGCAGUUUCAGACCUGAUCAUUACACAAUAGCGAGUGUUUUAAAGGCAUGCUCUUUGUGUACUGCAGGGUUUUCUCUUUGUGAACAAAUUCAUGUUCAAGCAUUGAAAAUUGGGUUGAUAGCAGACAAUUUUGUUUUGACAACACUAAUUGACAUUUAUACUCAGGCUGGAAAGAUAGAAGAGGCGGAGUUCUUUCUUGAAAAUAAAGAAGACUUCGAUUUGGCAUCUUGGAAUGCUAUGAUGUUUGGGUACAUAAUAUGUGGCAAUACUCCUAAAGCAUUAGAACUCUUGAAUCUGAUACACAAAAGUGGAGAGAGGUUGGAUGAGAUCACGUUAGCAACUAGUGUAAAAGCCUGCGGUUGCUUGGUAGCCCUACAACAAGGUAGGCAAAUUCAUGCUCACGCAAUAAAACUUGGGCUCGGUUUGGAAUUUUGUGUCAGUGGUGGUAUUCUUGACAUGUAUGUUAAAUGUGGAGAGAUGAAGGAUGCACACACAGUUUUCCAAGAAAUCCCUUCGCCUGAUGAUGUUGCUUGGACUGCUAUUAUCUCAGGGUGUGUGGAAAACGGAGAAGAGAACCUUGCUCUUUCAAUAUACCAUCAAAUGAGGCAGUCUGGUAUACCCCCCGAUGAGUACACCUUUACAACACUCAUCAAAGCCAGCUCUUGCUUAACAGCAUUGGAACAAGGAAGACAAAUCCAUGCAAAUGUGAUCAAGUUGGAUUGUGCUUCAGACUCUUAUGUAGGGACUUCUCUUAUUGACAUGUAUGCAAAGUGUGGUAACAUAGAAGACUCGUAUAAGUUAUUCCAAAGAAUGGAUGUACGAAAUAUUGGCUUGUGGAAUGCCAUGUUGGUUGGUUUAGCUCAACAUGGGCACGGCAAAGAAGCUCUCAAACUUUUCAAAAAUAUGAAACAUCUUGGUGUUGAACCUGAUAGAAUCACCUUUAUUGGAGUUCUUUCAGCUUGUAGCCAUUCUGGGUUAAUUUCUGAAGCUUACUCAUACUUUGAUUCAAUGCAGCAUGAUUAUGGGAUUCAACCAGAGAUUGAGCAUUAUUCAUGUCUUGUUGAUGUUCUUGGUCGUGCAGGACGUGUUCAAGAGGCAGAAAAAUUGAUUGCAUCAAUGCCCUUCAAAGCAUCUGCUUCAAUGUAUAGAGCCCUGCUUGGUGCCUGCAGGGUUCAAGGUGACACAGAAACCGGAAAAAGGGUGGCUAGUCAUCUCCUGGGUCUAGAGCCAUUUGACUCUUCAGCUUAUGUUCUCUUAUCUAAUCUCUACGCAGGUGCCCACCAAUGGGAUGAGAUGAAGAAGGCUAGGAAAAUGAUGAAAACAAAAAAUGUAAAGAAGGAUCCGGGGUUUAGUUGGAUAGACGUGAAAAAUAAAAUACAUUUGUUUGUGGUGGAUGAUAGAUCACAUCCACAAGCUGAUUUGAUAUAUAAUAAGGUGGAGGAUUUGAUAACAAUGAUAAAAAAGGAAGGUUAUGUCCCUGAUACAGACUAUGUGCUUCUAGAUGUGGAAGAAGAAGAAAAAGAGCAUACUCUCUAUUACCAUAGUGAGAAGCUAGCUAUAGCUUUUGGACUGAUUAUCACAUCUCCAUCUACAGUAAUCCGGGUGAUAAAAAACCUUCGAGUUUGUGGGGAUUGCCAUAAUGCAAUCAAAUAUAUAUCUAAGGCGUGUCAACGUACAAUUGUGCUACGGGAUGCAAAUCGCUUCCAUUUAUUCAGGGAUGGAACUUGUUCUUGUGGUGACUAUUGGUAGAAUGAAAAUUGAUAACUGUUUGAUAUACACGAUUAAGAUUCUACUAGUUGAUCAAUUAAUACAGGGAAGGUGCAACAGAUACUCGCUUCCUUCUAUCUGUUGAAUGUUGGGUUCAAUGUUAAUUGCAGAAAGCAAUCCAUAUGCUGACUUCAUUCUUGUGGAGAAAGUCUUCUGAACAGGGUUUUGACAAACCGAGAGAGAGGGGGAGGGAGGGAGAGAAGAUGGCAAUGGAGGUGUAUGGUGGGCAUGGUGGACAACUCUACUCGUUCUCCAUGGGAGAAGCUUCUAAGUCUGGGAGCUGCCACUCCCAUGGUGGAUGAUUCAUCUGCGAUGGUGGCAGUGUAUGGCGGCCAUGGUGGAUGACUCUAUUCUUUCGCCAUGGAAGCUCCUGUAUCUGGGAGCUACCACUCCCAUGGAGGACGACUCAUCUGCCAUGGUGGAGGAUGAGAGUUGCUGGCAACACCGAUGGGUGUUGCUGAAGAUUGGAUGUUACAGGGAACAAUGAAGAAUGGCUGCGAGAAAGAGAGAGGAGAGAAGGGAGAGAAGAAAAGAGAAAAUGAAGAAGAAUGACUUUUAGAUCAGUGUGAAAAUGGUCCUAGAUGCAAGGAAAUUAAUCACACCAAAGUAGGAUUAAUUUAUCCCAUGGGAAAGGUUUCAUAUUUAAUCCCACUUGGGUGGGAUUAAAUAAGCAAGUAUUAGUUUGUCCCCCCUAACAUGGUAUCUCAAACAUGAGAUUACCAUUUAAGGUGAUUUUACCCCCUACCAAUACGUAUACCAAAUGUCCCGUUAAAGAUUUGUGAGUCUUAGAAUGGUGAUCAUUAUGUGUGUCACUGCAUACUUUAUUGAUCAUAAAGAAAGUUUUAAAAGAGAAUUUUAGUUACUAAUUAGUGUGUGGGCAAGCUCAUAUAUAAAGGAAAAAGUUCGAGAAAUGAAUUAUCCCAUGACUCGCGAAUUAUGAAACCUUCUGUUAUGGUUUGGAAUUUCAGUCUGAUCAUCAGGUAAGUUUGGAAUCUCUUUGCCCUCUGUUAUGGUUUCAUUUUGCUUCCUUCUCUUCAAAUUUGGACCCAGGAAAAAGCAAUGUAUGAUCCCUAUGCUUUUUGUUGCUUUUAAUAAAUUUUGUAUGAUCCCUAGCAAUGUAUAUUUGUUGCUUUUUCUCUUCAAAUUCCUGUAUAUUAUUUUCCAAGUUAAUCCAUCUACUUCAGUUUUGAUAAAAGGAAUUUGAUGCUACCUGCACAACCUUACUUGUUCUUCAAUCACAAUGGAAAAAUUAUUUUGUGGACAUUAAAGGGAGUGCCUUCCAGCUGUGUCUAUUUUUGUAUGAAUAGAUAAAGGGAGACUCAGAAGGCUUGGGAGACGAGGAUCUCAUCUUCUCGCUACUGCAUUUUCGGUCUUAUCCAAGGAAAAUUUGUACUCUAAAUAACAUGGCUUGCUCCCAUCUAUAUAGUCAGAUAUCAAGUAGCAGGUCAAUAUUUUAAUUUUCUUUGUUUAUUUUUGUGUUUUGUUCUUCAAGAGUCAGCACAGGAUGUUGAAAUUCUGCCAUUCUCAUCAGUCAACCAAAACAAGAGGUGGGUAUGUUGGUUCCUCAAUUUCUCUAUGUGCACGUGUAUCUGGUUCAUGUGAAGCAUUCCUUUAACUGUUCGCUAUUGCCAUUAUCGUUAUCCUUAUCCUGUGACACAACCUUAUAUCAGCUUCGUAUCUCAGAGUUGCAGAGUUAGCAAAUUAAGAGUAAAUCUAACUUUAAAUGAUCAAUAUUUGAGUUUUUAAUGAAUUCAUUUUGUAUUUGUAGGAAGGGAAAAGAUGAAGAAAGCCUCUGUGCUUCACCAUUCCUUCUUCUGGUAUGUUGAAGAAUUGCUGUAUAUUCUUCUGUAUUGCUUCUUCGUUGCAUUUGGGUUUGGAUUUGCUGAGGAAAAGGAACACUACAAAUGAAACAGAAAAGAUAAAUAUAAUAAAUGUAAAAUUUAGUUUAGUAUCUUAUAUUUUAACUGACUGUUAUAAAUAAACUCCAAAUGAUUUUAUUUACAACUUUAAAUUUUUAGACCAUGUAAAUAUAUUUGAAGUUUGGUAAAAUUAGCAUAAAGAUUGAUGCUCUCUAUCUAUGGCCAUGGAUAUUGAAAGAAAUAUCAUCGAAAGGCUGACAUACAGGACCAUACAUUUGGUUGUAGAAAUUGAAUCUAGAUGGGGUAGAUGUAAAUUAGAUCAGUUCUUACUACUCGUCCUUUUAACUGCAGAAAACAUCUUAUAUUUACAUUUUAAUAAAGCAUAAAUUAAGAUAAAAAAUUCAUAUAUUCUCAUAAAAUUACGCAAUCACAUAAUAUUAAUAAAUUGCAGUACACGGCAAUGAAGGGACAAAAUACUCUUUUACUAAGGUUAGUGUUGUAACGAGCGGAAGACCCCAAUAAACAGAUUACAAACAUUCACAGAAUCCAAAACACAUUGGCAGACGGAAACAUACAAAUACUUAUGCAGAAGAUAAAACGCAAGCAAACAAAGAAAGGAAAAACAGACCUCAGAUAAGAGACACACAAGUUUAUUGUGGUUCACCCCAUAAUAGGGUUAUGUCCACGUUGAGCUUAGGAAGAAAGAGCUCACUGCACUAUUUCGAGAAAAGUUACACCCUAGUUACAUACAAUCUGUUCAUCAAUGGUUCUUUUAACAAAAUAGCUUCACAAUCAUCAAAUAUAGAUUAGAAGCAAACCUAAGAACCAAAGAUUACAUGAGAACAAAAAGCUUCAAGAAUGAAAACUUUGCUCACCAAAACGAAACAACCCUUCUAUGAUUGCUCUUCCCUCUUUCUCUUUCCUUUCCGUGAUUUCUCUUCCUCUUACCAUCUCGAGGCACUGUAGUAUAUAUAUGUAUUUUGAGCGGCUGAGAUUAGAUCCAAUAAAGGCAGAAUCGAUGGCCAAGAGAUGAUCGUAUAACACGAUUAACAGAAAGGGGCCAAAGGACAUUCAAGAGGCGUUAGGGAGAGGCGAGGUCUUGAUGGUUGCCAAGUGGCCAUCCACCAGCCGUCCAAAUUGGGCAACUGAGGUUGUCAACUCUACCCUCCAUCAAGACGACACCGUAUUGAUGCUUCACUCACAACAAUCUCCACCUUGAAGUAUCAAGAGGAGGAUGAACCCAAUUCCCAGAAAAUGGUGCAGCAUGCUUCAAUUUCCCACCAUCGUAGCUCAUGUUAGUUGAUGGAUCAACCGACUUCAAUGUGCAGCCAAGUUCAAGCAGUUUGUUGAAAUUAAAUGAAGCUUCAACUGCACCGUUUUGGAGGGGGGGCUGGAUGGUCAUUUGGCAACCCUCAUGGCUGCCCAAAAUGUUGUCGUUUUGGGCCCAUGAGCUGGACAGCCAAAAUGGCAACCGUCCCCUGCCAUUUUAUCAAAGCGUACAUUCGUUUGUCGUUUUGUCUGUCUCUUCCCCGAUUGUUGAUGCUGCCUUUAUACGACUUCAUCCCUACCGUUGCUUUCCUCUAUUUAUCUUCUACAGUGGCCUCGAGAUCAGCAAUUCACGACCUCCGAUUUGUAUUGCCUCAGUUAGGGUUUGGUUUCAUUCUCUACAAUUUACAUUCUCUCUGUAUAGAUUUGAUACGAAAGUUUUUUCUCUAGGGUUUUGCCUUUAAUCUGUAAAUUUGUGGUUAUGGGGCUUCUUUGAUUAGAGAGUUGUUUAUUUUGUACAGUGAGUAAUCGAGAGUGAGGUUUGUAUAUUGAGACUGUAAUCAUUUCUUUUCGAUAGUGCAAUGAGCUCUUUUUGUCGAAAUUCAAAGUGGACGUAACCCUCAUUAACGGGUGAACCAUGGUAAAAUUGCUUGUGUUCAGUUUAUGCUUUAUCUUUGCUAUUCUAUUCAUAUGCGUGUUUGAGUUUAUUGAAUGUUCUGUGUAUGUUUUGACUCUAUUUUUUAUUUCUGUUUUUGAGUAGUGGCCGACACUUGUCUCGACCCAACACUUAAGUAACAUAGACCAAUAUAUAAAUUAGAUAGGUAGAUGUAGCUAGGUGGAUACUGAGACAAAAUACUCUUUUACUAAGGUUAGUAAGAUAAACCAAUAUAUAGAUUAGAUAGGGAGAUGUAGCUACGUGGAUGCUCACACUCAGUGAACAAUCUGAACAGAAACAUAGGCACUAAUCACAGCUUCGCAUGAGGCUGUAGGGAUUCACUGAUUUGGACCUUUUCUAUUCGGUGUUGGUGAUAUAUAUCCAUGUAUACUUACAGAAAAAGGAGAAUUUUCCCCCCCAUAUUUGAAUUCGUGUUAGGCAAAAUAAAUAUUACCUCUAAAUGGAGGCCACGGAAGGUAAGGCCUUCCUCCUAAGUUUUGAUCCAUUAUUAUUUUUUUUUUCAGAUAAAUUUGUUAAAAAGUUUAAGGUAAAUUGACCAUACACCCCUUGAACUUUUUAUUUCACCAAAUAGGUCAUUAAACUUUUUCUAAUUAGACAUGACACUCCAUCCCUCUGUUACUAAUAGUGUUAAAGUGAAUUGACCGCAAACCCCAAACUUUAGUCAUUUGACCUAAACACCCCCUAAAU